AUAAAAAAAUGCUCACAUAAAAAUUUUAUCUCACCUAAAAGGUAAAAGUUACAUUUUAGGUGAGAUAAAAUUAAAUAGUAGUAAUAAAAUUUAAUAACAUAUUUUUUCUAUAAAAUUUAUAAAAUAUUACGAAUGUCGUCAUACAUUAUGUACGAGUCAUCCAUUCACAGCUGUCUUCGUAAACGCCACAUGUAAUGUCAUUUUUCCUACAAAUUUCGACAUUUGUCGAUUGUGGGACAAUGACAUUUGAUUUUAUGUAAACAAAUUGUUGUUCAGUUCAGUCAAGUACCUAAUUAAAAUUAUUAAAUAAACUGGAAGUAUAAACUACCAAUUUGCGUGCCUAAAAUUUUUGUUGGUACUGCGUCCUCAGUUUUACUAUGCGGGGCAUUUGUCAAAAUUGAUGCCAUCACUUUCAUCAAUAUAACAUGGAAAUCACAUUAGAAGAAAGUAAUACCGAGAAGAUAGCACCUUUACUACAUGAAUUUGUUAAACGAAUUUUAAAGGAGAGUAAAACAUAUGAUUCUAUCCAAAAAGAUUUUUUAUUUAUUAUGAUUAUUGUUUUGAUGAUAGAAAAUGGGUUCUUACUUGUUAGUGAAGAUAAGGAGGUCAUAGAUCCCAUAGCAUCUUUCAGUGUUGCCCAACUAUCCAACUGGAAAUCACCCUCUGGGAUAUAUGAAUCUACUUUCAUAAUGUCUGGAUUUAAGAACAUUACACUAAAAUUGAUUAUGAGUCCACUGGGAGCAACUGUGUUAGUGAAUUUAGUAAUAAAUGAAUUAAACUAUGAUACUUAUUCUAUUUGUAUACCCAUCAGUCGCUAUGUGGUGUCACCUCAAGCUACAUCUAUUCCAAUGAUAUUUCGGGAUUUGAAACAUUUCUCAACAACUUUCAAAAAUAAAACUGUGUCUGCUGUCAAAAGUAGAAUAUUAAGUCAUCACGGUUAUGCAAGUGCUAGUUUAAUGGGAGUGCCAGAGGAGGUACUUUUCAAUAUUAUGAUAAACCUGCCCGUGAUGGAUAUACUUAAUGUGUGUAAAGCUAACACAAGGCUGAAGGCAUUACUAGAAAGUGAUAGUUUGUGGUACUCCUUGUGUAAGAGAGAUUUUAAAAGUGAUCAACAAACAGAUGGUAGAAGUUGGAAGGAUCUGUACAAGCAACUUUAUAUCACAGAACAGGACAAGAAAUUAAGGAGCCAAAAUCGAGGAGCUGGAAGUAUGCAUGACUACAUGGACUAUUCAGAUUAUAUUUCGUAUAUUGAUAAUCCACUGUGGAAUGUUAUUAUUUAAAUUAAAUUACUUAUGUUAAUGUCGAAGCUUGUAUCUGUAUUAAUCUGAUUAAAUUACAAUGCAAUAAAAUAAAAACUUUAAAUAAUGUGAAAUAAAAAUGGUUUUGCUCAAAUUACUGUGUUAUAAACUCAUAACCAAUUCGAGAUAAUAAAUGGUGUUUAUUAUUUUUAUCUGUUCUUGCUUAUGUUGUACAUAAAAGCUUUA